AUGGCCACUCCCGGUAAAUUAAAGAAAAAGAAAAAAGAAGUAGAAUUUUCUGCGGAUAAUAUUGAUAGCACAGCUCCAGUGAAGAAAAUUCUUGAAGACUUACGCCUCCAAAAUGAACAGGCUUAUAAUUUCUACUGCCAAAAUAUACGGCAACGUCUUACUACUAAGAAGAGUUUGCAAAACUUCCACUUUAUUGUACCUGGCCACCCGUUGAAUGCAUUUAGUAAGGAUUGGGAUGGACAACUUAUUUCUAAUUAUUUUGAAGCUUUCCCAUAUAAAAGUUUAAAUCCAAAAAUAAUAACAGAAUUGCAUCAUGUAAUUGAAACUGAUCCAGUAACAAAAAUUAUGAAAGUAAAAAGUGACUGGCAAUGGCAGUGUAGAAAUCUUAGAGUAACUGCUUCAUGCAGUAACAUGAUAUCCAAAUACGAAAGUUUGAAUGAGGAAGUGGUACAUUGUCCGAAGCAUUUAGUGGAUAUGGCUAUGCAUUUGGAUAGCGAUCCCGACCCGCACUUUGACAGCUCGUACAACUGGUACUAUGCUGGUAGGGGCAACAUGCAGCUCAUCUGCAUACACUGGAGGGUCUAUCUCUUACACAGCGAGUUCAGUAAAUUGUAUAUAUCUGAAUUCGACAAGAACAAUUUGACCAAAAAAUCAAGCCCUGAAGCCACAUUUGAUUGCGGUGAAGGAAUGAACAUCCUAGAAACAAUCCAUUCCUCACAAAAUAUUGUAGCUUUGCGAACCAAAAAAAAAGUAUUUAUAUUAAAAAUUCUAUUACACGACGACGAAAUUAAGUUUGAAAAAAUUAAGUCCGCAGAUUCCGAAACACCAUAUACAGGCAUAUCAUUUGAUGAUUAUCACAAAAACAUUCUGUAUGUGACUACAUUCGACAACAAUCUAACUAUUGUAAACUUAGAUAGAAUGACUGGAAGAAGUGUCAAAUUAAAAUCUAAAAGACAUCUCAUUAACGAUUGGAGCACAGUGCUAAGUUCGGAAAGAGGCUUUUACACUCAUGUUUCUACAGAUAACAUAACUUUAUAUGAUAAAAGAUCAAACGAUGUGAUUUAUCUUUGGAAAAAUCUCCGAGAUGUAACAGAUGAAGUUGGAUGCAACAAUAUUAGUUGCGCCAUACCAACAGAAGGACAGUCUUUGUACAUUGGCACAGAUCACCAUCUGUUUCUUAUGGAUUUGAGAUACUUAAAUAAGCAUAAACCCAAACCUGUCAAUAGAUGGACUCACGGCAUGCAGUGUGUUCCGACAUAUAUAUCGAAAUGCAACUUCGAGUUCAAUAAAGAUUUAAUUUGCCUUAGUAGUCAGUGGUGCGAGGACAUGUGCGUUAUACCAAACAGCAAUGACAGAGUAACAAAAGAAUCCGAUCAAGUUACUGUGACAAUACCUUAUCGUCCUCCAAGCAUAUUAAACACUUUAAAGUCCGCCCGGCAGAAGCUGCUAUGUUACGAUCUGUACAAUCCUAUAGAUGGAAGACUCCACACAGCUAUCACCGGAAAUCUCAUCGUGGAACGUGAUGACAAAUUUGACAUAUUGAUGCAGAAUUCUCUAGGCGAUAUAACUUGCCACACUAUAUUCCCUGAGCACUUGGAAAUUUUUAUGGAAGACGACAGUUGUCAACGCAUAGAUGAAUGGUGUAAAUCUUAUAAACUAGAAAGGAAGCAUUUUGAAGUUUCAUCCAUAGAAGAUAUUUCCCACGUUUGGAAUAAUUUGAAAUCUGUGCCUGAUGAUUAUAAAAUCGUACAGAAUAGGAAAUAUAUAAAGGGGAAAGACCAGUUCAAUGAGAAUGAGAUAUUCAAGGCAUUUGAGGAGGAGGAACUAGACGUAGGUCUUUUGGAGUUAUGGACAAAUCCAGCCGAGGAGACGGUUGACAAGUCGUCUUUCGCAUUAAAUCUACAUUUUUCUGAUAGUGACGAUGAUACAAUAAAAUAA